AUGACACCUAUUCUGGAGCUCCAGCGUGAAGGCGCCUUCGGCGACGCUGAGAUCGUCGACCUGCCAGCCUCUAUGUAUCCUCCUGACUUCAACCAUGUCGUUGACGACUCACCUGAUCCUGUCGUCGACGCUUCACCUGUCCCUGUGCAUAAUGCAGAGCUCGCCGACGCCAUUGCAGCUCGUGAAAGGGCAGAAAGACGUUAUGGUGAAAUGUUGGCACGGUUUACGUCUCAGGUUCAAGAAACUUGGAGCCUGAUGCGUGAAGCCCGGGGGGGCCACGGCCAGCCACUCACGUGGCUAGCUCGUGCCCCACCCAGCUUGCAGUCAAGCCACACAUAA